AAAGCGGAAAUUGCGUGCCGUUCGUUUCCGGUCUUCUUAAAAAGCAUGGCGAACUUAGAGCAUGCAGAAGACGACCCGAAACAUAUAGAAAUGUCUGGUGAAAUACCCGCCACCACUGCUGAAGUCCAGCCGACCGAAGAGUCUUUUGUACCGGGCAGAGAUGCCGGCGUGGUCCCGUGCUCUAUCCCCUCGUUCGCAGCCGCCUCCGAGCUGCUGUCAGCGCCAUACUCGUGUCUGGUCAUGAACACGCACCGGAGACACAUUGCCCUGCCGCCCAUCUACCUGAACAAGAAGAGGACAGGUAUACAGGAGGAGCUGGAGGCCGAGCUGCUCAAGUUCUCCCAGAGUCUAAAGGGAGUACCCCUGGCUUACGACAACAUCAGGAUAGUGAGUCAGCAUGGAGGCAUCUACGACGACAGCAGCUACAUCCACAUGGACAUAGAGGCCCACUUUAUUGUCUUUCAGCCCCAAAGAGGACAGACAUUAUUGGGUAACGUGAAUAAACUAGGAGUAAGCCAUGUGGGCUGCCUGGUGCACGGCUGCUUCAACGCCAGCAUCCCAAAACCCAACCUGGUUUCUGUGGAAACCUGGCGGGACGCAGGGCCAAGAAUCGGAGCAGAGCUAAAGUUUGAGGUGACUGCACUUGACGCUGACACUGCGGGGGUGCUGCUGAUCAGAGGACGGCUGGACAGGACCAGGGUUCAAGAGCUGCUGGCUAUGGGUGAGAGCUCGGAUUUUGGCGUCCCUGCAGACGAGCCAGAACUAACAGAGACAGAACCGAACCCAGAACCCACCGAGGAGUCUCUUGAAGACACCCCCAAGAAGAAGAAGAAAAAGAAGAAAGACAAAGAGGAGAAUGGAGACGAGGAGGUGACGAGUACACCCUCCUGCCAAUUGGAUGGCAACACUAGACCAGAUCUGAACGGAACACUGAGUGAUUCAAAUGGCAAUGAAGCUGGUGAGAAAAAGAAGAAGAAAAGGAAGAAGGAAAAACAUGUGAAAGAGGAGGAGGAGGAGGUAGAGAUCUCUCCAGUGGAGGUCCACGCCAGUGACUCCAGCGGUUACCUUAGUGACAAGCCAAGCAAAAAGAGGAGACAUGAAACUGGUACAGAUGUCACAAGUUCCAGUUUUAGUGAAGCUUCUGAACCACCAAAAUUGAAGAAGAAGAGGAAAAGUGACAUUGAGCAGUUUGCCUGAAUAAUGUGUCAUAUCCUCUAUUCUGUUUGGAAAUGUGUGUAGUAAUUAAGGCAAUGCAAAAUGAAUGACAACAAUGGUUCUGUAGGAACACACAGACGUGCCUUAACAAUUAAACACAAUUUUUCUUGCAAGCAAGAUUUCUGGUGGGUUCUUCUGAGCUCCUCUUAAAUCAUUUAAAGAGUGUCAGCCUUUCUACUGUCACAUGUUGUAGCCUGUGGAAAUGCACGAGAGGAUAGAAGCAGACUCAACAGAUGAGUCCUUGUUGGAUUGUAACUUACGUAAACAACCUGAUGGGGGCGCAAAACUGCUUCAUACAUCCACACUGGGACAAAAA